GCGGCGGGCGCGGGCGCGCGCGGCGGCAGCGCGUUCCGUUCCGGGCCGGAGCUCGCGGCGGAAAAGUUGCAGGGCGGAAAGGAACGUCCCCGGGACGGGCAGCGAGCGCGAGGUCGAGUCGGUUCCCGGCUCCCACAGCCCCGCCAUGGACGACCUCGACGCCCUGCUGGAGGACUUGGAGUCCACCACCUCCCACAUCUCUAAGAGGCCUGUGUUCUUGUCUGAGGAGACCCCCUACUCCUACCCAACUGGAAACCACACGUACCAGGAGAUUGCUGUGCCGCCUCCUGUCCCUCCACCGCCAUCCAGCGAGGCCCUCAAUGGUGCGCUCCUGGACCCGUUAGACCAGUGGCAGCCAAGUGCCUCCCGAUUCGUCCACCAGCAGCCUCAGUCCCCGCCGCCCGCGUCCGGCUCCAGUGCCAAAACGUCCAGCGCCUCCGUUCCCCAGGACAGCGUCGGCCCUCCGCGUCCCCGAGUUGGUGAGGAAGAGCACGUCUACAGCUUCCCCAACAAGCAGAAGUCGGCUGAGCCUUCACCUACCAUGAUGAGCUCCUCCCUGGGCAGCAACCUUUCCGAGCUUGACCGCCUGCUGCUGGAGCUGAACGCUGUGCAGCACAACCCCUCGGGCUUCCCCACAGAUGAGGCCAACUCAAGCCCCCCGCUGCCCAGGGCUCUCAGCCCUCACUACGGCCUCCCGGAGAGUAACAGCCUGCUGGGCGUCCAGGCCGGGUCCCUGGUGAAAGAGAAGCCCAAGCGGCACGGGGGCCGCGGCCUGGAGGACGUGCGGCCCAGCGUGGAAAGCCUUCUGGACGAGUUGGAGAGCUCGGUGCCCAGCCCCGUCCCCGCCGUCACCGUGAACCAGGGCGAGGUGAGCAGCCCGCAGCGGGUCACCCCCAGCCAACAGCAGACGCGCAUCUCGGCCUCCUCUGCCACCAGGGAGCUGGACGAGCUGAUGGCCUCCCUGUCGGAUUUUAAGACCAGCUCUUCGGCUGUGGCCUUGAACUCCCUGGGGCUGCUGCCCGGCUCAGCUCCGUCCUCACACCACAUACUUUCUUCCCCUUCUCCUCCUCCUCCCGGACCAUCCGUUCCUAAACCCUCCCCUCGAGGCCACGGUCACACCCCAAAGGUCCCCAGCGUUGAGGAUAAUGAUCAUGGAAAGGGCCUUUUAGCUCCUGUGGCCCCCAGUUGGCUUGAUCUGGCUGGUCUUGGGGUGACAGCUGGCUGUGGGUUGACAGCUGACACUCCCAACUCAAGGUCUUCCUCUGCAGAGGGUUCUCUGGGGCCAUCUGACACAGAGAGCCAGGUUCAAGUUUGCAGGGACAUACUAAACCUCACCAGUGAGCUCUCCAGGGCCCCCCCAGGUAACAUUCGCUGCACUGGUCCCCAGCAGCCUGGAGACCUCCAAGGGCUGUCGGCCAACCCUGCGAACCCAGAGGAGGCCUUGGCUGCCACACAGGAGCAGCCGUGGGUUUUGGGGGCACCAAGGCCCGAGACUCCCCGUGGAGCUGUGCCCAGCUUCCAGGAAGUAGCCGAGCCCGCUCUUGUGGCUGUGGACCGUCAGGCCGUCUUCCCAGAUACCUGGAGUCUCGCGAAGGGAGGUGGACAGCUGAGGGAGAGGGCCAGGGCGAGGCCAGAGCCAGCGGGGCCGGGGAGCAGGUGCCCUGCCCCAGUCGAUGUGGAGCAGUUAGGUGGAGAGACGCCCACAAGGGGAAGCCUGGCCAGGCCAGACCAGGGGCCCGAGACACACCGGAGGCCAGAGGGCACCACCGAAGCUGCUGCUGAGGCCACGAGGGAGCAGCCGGAGCUUCCACGUGCUGUGGUCGUGGACACGCCCAAGACCACCGAGAGGAUUUCCACCUCCGGCCAGAUCCGCUCCGUGAUCAGGAGGAGCCGGGAGACGGGCCACGCGCACCCCAUGUCCCGGGAGCCCUCCCCUCGCCGCCGGCUGGACCCCGCCACCCUGAGCAGGACCCCUUCCCAGGAGCGGCUCAUUGCAGAGCUGCAGGGUCGGCUGGGCCUCCAGCCCGAGGCAGAGGAGGCUUCGGGGGCUGCGGAGGCCUCCACUGAGGACUGGAUGACAGAGGGCGUCGUCAUCACUGUGCAGCCUCGAGGGCGGCGGGCUGAGGGGCAGCUGGUAGAGAAGGUGGUUUUUCCUCCCGGCUCUCCCAUUCCCCUGAGAAGAACCUUCCCUGUUCUGCCCUCUCCUCCCCCUCCUGUCCCUUUGCUCCAGCAUCGCAGCGAUGCCGUGGCCAGCUGCUCCUCCCCCCAGCCCAGCCUGCCUGCCCCGUCCACCCUGGGGCCCUCAUCUCUGCCCUGUUGGUCUCCUGGGGUCCAGAAUGCUGGGGCAGGGCCGCAGGAAGAAGUGCGGGGGCCCAUCUCUCCCCUUCCUGCGCCCCACACUGUGAGGUCCGUGGGCUGCCAGACGGACGAGGACCCGCUCUUCCCCCCGAUGCAGGCCCAGGGUCUGGAGCACAGAGCAGACGGAGAGCUGUGCUGGGCCGCCGGGCGGCCUCCAAGUGGCAGGCAGAGCAGCCCCGAAGGGCGGCACGAGGGAGGGUUCAUGGCCCAGGGGAAGACGGGGAGCAGCUCUCCCCCCGGCGGACCCCCAAAGCCCGGGAGCCAGCUAGACAGCAUGCUGGGGAGCCUGCAGUCCGACCUGAACAAACUGGGGGUCGCCACGGUCGCCAAAGGGGUCUGCGGGGCCUGCAAGAAGCCCAUCGCGGGGCAGGUCGUGACGGCCAUGGGGAAGACGUGGCACCCCGAGCACUUCGUCUGCACCCACUGCCAGGAGGAGAUCGGGUCCCGGAACUUCUUCGAGCGGGACGGGCAGCCCUACUGUGAGAAGGACUACCACACCCUCUUCUCCCCACGCUGCUACUACUGCAACGGCCCCAUCCUGGAUAAAGUGGUGACAGCCCUGGACCGGACGUGGCACCCCGAGCACUUCUUCUGCGCCCAGUGUGGCGCCUUCUUUGGGCCCGAAGGGUUCCACGAGAAGGACGGCAAGGCCUACUGCCGGAAGGAUUACUUCGACAUGUUCGCACCCAAGUGUGGCGGCUGCGCCCGGGCCAUCCUGGAGAACUACAUCUCGGCCCUCAACACCCUCUGGCAUCCCGAGUGCUUCGUGUGCCGGGAAUGCUUCACGCCCUUCGUCAACGGCAGCUUCUUCGAGCACGACGGGCAGCCCUACUGCGAGGUGCACUACCACGAGCGGCGAGGCUCGCUGUGCUCCGGCUGCCAGAAGCCCAUCACGGGCCGCUGCAUCACCGCCAUGGCCAAGAAGUUCCACCCGGAGCACUUCGUCUGUGCCUUCUGCCUCAAGCAGCUCAACAAGGGCACCUUCAAGGAGCAGAACGACAAGCCUUACUGUCAGAACUGCUUCCUCAAGCUCUUCUGCUAGGUGCCCUCAUCCCUUCAUCAGCCCUGCCCCCUGGCCCAGCCCCCCCAACUGCACUGUGAUCCAGAGGCCUCACCCAGGCGUGAAGGGCCAAGCCCUACUGAAACUGGAACCCGUGUCCUCGGCUGUGCAGGGUGGCAGGGGGGCCUCAAAGGGUCCCACCUGUUUUCUUUCCCUCUGCCGGAGCCUCUGGGCCUCUCACUCCUGCAGCUGCCCCCCAGGCUGCCAGCUCCUCCUCCGGGAGAUGGGGUUUGCAGGGCCCACCCCCGCAGGCCCGCCUGGCCAGGCCGGCACCCCACACUUGGAGCCACCUCUUACUCCUGUUUCGGCAGCGGAGCCAGGGGUAGGGCAGGCAGGGUCAGAUGGGGUCUCUUUUUAUCUUUGUUUUCCUCUGACCAAAUCAUUCUUGUUCUGAGAGUAUCAGGGGACACCGCUCCCUCCAGACCAUGCCAGCAUAAAUCCGUCCAUCCAAGGGUCGAAGUGCCCAGGGGCCACGGAAGGUUCCUUGUGCUCCUCCUGCAGGUCCAGUCUCCCCAGGCCUGGGCGACCGCCCCCCGCCCUCCGUAACUGCUCUGAUUCUACUGAGACAGGCUUCUCCAGCAAUAAUGUUUUCUAGUCACUUCCUCCGUCUCUGGGGACGGCAUAGGCGGGGCCUUUCACCUCGUGCCUGGACACUGUACCGACUUUGAUAGGUUUCUACACUGAGGUUUGAAUUCAUAUCGCCUGAGUUGCUUCUACUUCUCUAGCCAAAUGAUUUUGAAGAGAUUUUAAAGACAUCCCCCUUUUGUAAUCCCCUCCUCGUCCGUCGCCGCCGGUCCCGUAGGCGACAGUGGCUGUGGGCCAGGGUUUGCCUCAUGCUGAGGGCUUGGGGCGGGGAAGCCAUUUGUAUUUUAUUUUUUCUCAGCAUAAGCAGGUGAAGUGGGAGCAGCCCCGAGGCUCCCCUUCCUUCACCUCAUGGCUCACCAGGACUGUUUUAUAAACUGCUGUAUUUUGAAACCCCUUCCUUACUACCCAGGCCAGCGAGGUCUUAACCGAAACUGGCCUAAGGGUGCCUUGCCCUUCUGAGCCUAGGACUGUUGAACCUCAUCCAUCAAGUUCCUGAGGGAGGAGAAGGGGAAGGUGUACUUUGGGGGUGCUAAGCCAUUAGGAGCGUCUGUUCCCCCGUGACCUAAAGAACCCAUGGAACAUUCUUGGCUUCCUCACCGCUUCUGUGCGGCUCCGUCCUCCUCGGGAAGGCUGGUGUCUCACUUUGACCAUUGGUCUUGUUGAUUCCACUGGGCGUCACUUCCCCAAGUUUCCUGCCCUCCUUGGAAGCUGGAGGUCUGGGGCACAGGGCCCAGGUUGCCGCAAGGGAGCGAGAUAGGAUUCCGGGCAGAGGGCCAGGAUCCCGCUGAAGCCGUGGGAAGCCCCUGGAGCUUUGUCCGCCAAGGAUGAAGCAGGAGCCGGCAGGCCUGGGGUUUCCUGGUCAGCAGAGAGGGGCCCUGUGGGGUCUAAGGUGAGGAUGACCCAGACACUCUGCUAGCCUCACAGCAGAGGCCAAGUGUGCUGGGCUCUCUGGGGAGGUCAGCCAGGCCCCUCCAAAGGUCUGACGUCUCCACUUCUACCCAUAGGCCUUACUGCUCAGUUUACAAGGACCCACCCAGACCCUUCCCCCAGGGGAACGGGGUUCUGCGGUCCACCCUCUGGGUCAGUGGUUCUUUGAUGAUGUGAUUUUAAUUUUUCUCUCUGUAAACUUUUAACCUGGCUCUUCCCCAUUUCAAUUCCUGUGAUUUAUGCCAAUAAAGUUUGCCAUUAUUUUGA